UCUCUUCUCUCUUCCCAUUCAUAAUAAUGAAUUUUUUUCCAUUCCAUUUCAAGCCAAAAUCACCUCUUUCUAUAUUCCUCAACAUCUCUUUCCUUUUUCUACUCAUAUUUUAUACUCUUACUUCCAAUGUUACUUUUAGCCAAUCUCAAAUUAGACACAUCCAUUUAACAAACACUAACAAUAAUGAUUGCUCCAACUUACAUAAAUUUAGUGAUGCACAAUCAAAAUGUACCUACAUAAAAGAAAACAUGAAUUCUUGUUCUACAAAAGGGUAUUUGAAUUAUCUUCAAUUUUUCUAUUGCACCUUAGGUACGUUACCAAAAUUAGGGUACGUUAUCCUAGUUGUAUGGCUUAUUUUAUUAUUUUAUUUGUUAGGUAAUACCGCGGCGGAGUACUUUUGUCCUUGUGCUGAGGGUUUAUCUAAAGUCAUGAAUCUUUCCCCAGCUAUAGCUGGAACAACUCUUCUCCCUCUAGGAAAUGGAGCUAACGAUGUUUUUUCGAGUAUCAUAUCGUUCACUCGAUCUAGCAAUAGUGGCACUGUGGGGCUUAAUAGUGUGUUAGGUGGUGCAUUUUUCAUUUCUUGUUUUGUUGUGGGAGUUAUAAGUAUACUAUUGUGUAUGACUACGUCCCAACUUGGAGUAACGAUUGAUAAAUCGAGUUUUAUUAGGGAUGUAUUGUUCAUCAUUUUUACAUUAUCAUGUCUUGUUGGGGUUAUUGUUGUUGGGAGAGUUAGUUUGUGGAUAGCAAUUUGUUUCUCUUGCAUUUAUGUUGUUUAUAUUUGUGUGGUAUGUGCUAUGCAUUUUCUUAUUAGUAAGAAGGACGCGACUAGAAAUGUGAAUUUACAUGACAAAGAAGAUGAUGAUGAUGGAUUUGAUCGCGAUAUUGAGGUACCAUUGUUAGGGUGUAUUGAUGAGGAGAAUUGUUCAAGUCAUGUGAAACAAACCAUACAAAUGAAUUCUCCUCCUAUAGGUGCGGCCUCAUCAUCUUGUUGCAAAUUCUUGCAUCAUUUUCUUAGUGUUUUAGAACUGCCUCUAUACUUGCCAAGAAGGCUAACCAUCCCGGUUGUUAAUGAGGAACGUUGGUCCAAGCCAAUGGCGGUGAUUUCAGCAACAUUGGCACCAAUUCUUGCAGCCUUUGUUUUAAGUCUUACAGGAGAAGUCAUAGAUUAUUCCAACACGAACUUAGUCAUUGUCAUGACAUCAGUUUUUGUUGGACUUAUCUUAGGGAAUGUGGCAUAUUUUACUACACAAAACUCUAGUCCUCCAAAGAAAUGCUUGUUGAUUUGGCUUCUUGGAGGAUUUGUUAUGAGUACUACAUGGACAUAUAUUCUUGCACAAGAAUUGGUAUCUUUGUUAGUCUCAUUUGGAUAUAUUCUUGGUAUAAACCCUUCAAUUUUAGGACUAACUGUCCUAGCUUGGGGCAACUCAACUGGUGAUCUAAUAUCAAAUGUUGCUUUGGCAUUAAAUGGUGGAAAAAAUGGUGUGCAAAUGGCAUUAUCAGCUUGUUAUGCUGGUCCAUUAUUUAACACUUUGAUUGGUUUAGGUGUUUCUCUUGUGCUUGCUUCAUGGUGGGAGUAUCCAACUUCUUUUGUGCUUCCAAAAGAUCCUUUUCUCUUUGAAACUUUGGGAUUUCUUAUACUUGGCUUACUAUGGGCUCUUGUUGUUUUGCCUAAGAGAAAUAUGCAACCUGAUCACUUACUUGGUGUUGGACUUUUGGCUAUUUACUUUUGCUCCUUGUUUCUAAGGUUUGCAAAAGGUUUUUAGUAUGGAGUUUUAAGAGAAUUAUUAUAUGUAUAUAGUUUUCAUAUUGUGA